AAUUUAUAUCUGCUGCUUUCCGAAGAAGUCCCGCUUACCUCAUCCAUCUAUUAUAUACCGAAGCUUUUGGGGAGUCCAAUUCCCACUCCGCGAGCAUGGCGAACCCUCCGCAGCAGACGUAUAUCCCCAGCAAAAUUGUCAAGUCCGACUACCCCCUCAUCGACAAUGACCCACAUUUCAGGAGGGUGGUGGGCUAUGCUCGCACUUCAGACUACGUACAUGGCGCCGUAGCCGCCGCGGCAGGUCCGGGUUUGCUUUGGACGAUGGAGAAAUUCGCACCUUCGCACGUCGGCCGGGGUGGCUUCACGAGAGCCAUGCGAUUGGCCAGUGUAAUUGGAGCUAUGGGCGGAUUCUUAUAUUUCUACCAGCGAUCGAGUCUGCGAUUCUACGGUAUGUCGGAGAACGCCCGCGAAGUGGAGAUGGAUAUGCGGGAGAUGGUGGACAAGGUUAAGGCCGGCGAGCCGCUCUACGGCGAGAGCAGACUGACGCCGCACAUGCAAGGUGUUGCGGCCCGCCAGUCGCGAUACUCUGCUCUCCUCACCGCGGUGGUUCCCUGGUUCAACUUCGUCAACCACAACCAGCACGGUGUUGACACAGCGAAGUACUACCAACAAGCCGAACGGGAGCUGGAGGCUGAGCGCCUUGGUAAGAGCAGUUCGUGAACACCCACGAUCAUGAUGCCUGAUGAAAAAAGAGCACUUGUCACGUGUAAAUAUACCGAUAUUGGUCGGCUUGUAAGUAUCCAGACUUCAGAAAGGCCAAAAUACAGCAGGAAAUGCAAAGUACAAGUUUUUUUUUCUUUUCAUCCACUCGUUGUGUACAUGCUGCGUUAUGUGCUAU